CCGCGCUCAGAACAACUGGGAGCUUGGAACUCCGAAAAAAAAACGAACUCUACUUGAACGAGCUCGAUUUGAACGGUCAUCCGACUUGGAAUUCCAACUCCAGAACUCGGGCCUAUUCUAGAUCUCCGACUUUCCGACACGAAGAUCACUGAGGUCAUGAUUUUACCGUAUUUGUCCGAGUUCACAGGUGUUUUGAACGCAGCAUACAUUGCGACCCCUCUUCAAAAUUGACCGAGUUUACAAAUUGUUGUCGUGACGUCAUGUGCAAUCGAUCAGAUCAGUUUUGGUCAAGGCCGGGGGGUGGUGCAGUUAAAUAUGUGGCAUUCGCAAUAAUGAAUUCAUUUUAGCUGUAUCUAGGCUAUGUGUGUCAAAACUGACAAAUCUUUGUGGCUUCGGCUGAAAUGUAUUUAGGCCUACCUCUACCUAUUUCCUGCUCAAGUCACCUGAUUGACUUCACCGACCGUGCAGCAGGGCUUCGUGGGAUCUGUCUGGCUAGUCGCUACGAAACGGGGUGACUAUCGGUAACAAACUCAGGAUAUUGGCUAGCAGAAGGGUUUGUGUUUCUCUCAAGAUAUGCUUGAGUCAUAACUUCCACGAGACCGAGGACCGAGGGAUUUAUUUUUUUGAGUGGAACACAAACAGGCCUGUCCUUAAAGCUGUUUGCCUGUCAAUGCUGGGGAAGCAGCCACAUUGAAUGAGGUUUCAGUCUCACAUGGGCAAGAUGGACAGAUCAUAACAGGACAUUACUUCAAAGGUGAAGUGUUCGACGGGGCCCCAGAGCUGCAACUGGACUGCUUCUGCAGUGGUGACAACCACAGCAUUGCAGAAAUGAAGCAUGAGGGCAACCUCCUCCCCCUGGAACCACCCCACCAUGCAGGGUUUUCCAGUCCCCCCCAGAAAGGGCCUUCCUCACUAGCUGAGAAGAGCAGCCCGCUGCUCAUGGAGCCCAGCAACAUCAAGGCUGACCCCGCCGGCGACAUGCCUGCCAACACAGAGGGUCAGCCGGUGAAGAGGAAGAAGGGUCCAGCCCCCAAGAUGCUGGGGAACGAGGUGUGCAGCGUGUGCGGGGACAAGGCCUCGGGCUUCCACUACAACGUGCUGAGCUGCGAGGGCUGCAAGGGCUUCUUCCGCCGCAGCGUCAUCAAGAGCGCCCAGUACUCGUGCAAGAACAACGGCCGCUGUGAGAUGGACAUGUACAUGCGCCGCAAGUGCCAGCAGUGCCGGCUGCGCAAGUGCCGCGAGGCGGGCAUGCUGGAGCAAUGCGUUCUCUCAGAGGAGCAGAUCCGAGGGAAGAAAAUGAAGAAGAACGAGGAAGAGACUGCACGCACGUCUGCCGUGGUGACCCCCACCCCGGUGCCGGAGGUGGUCCCGCUGGAGCCCGAGCAGCUGGAGAUGAUCGAGAAGCUGGUGGCCAUGCAGAAGCAGUGCAACAAGCGCUCGUUCAUCGACCGGCCCAAAGUCACGCCGUGGCCCCAGAGUCAGGACCCCCAGAACAGGGAGGUACGGCAGCAGCGCUUUGCCCACUUCACCGAGCUGGCCAUCAUGUCGGUCCAGGAGAUAGUGGACUUUGCCAAGCAGUUGCCUGGCUUCCUAGAGCUCACCAGAGAGGACCAGAUUGCCCUGCUGAAGACCUCAACCAUUGAGAUCAUGCUGCUGGAAACAUCGCGGAGAUAUAACCCUGCCAUUGAGAGCAUCACGUUCCUGAAGGACUUCAGUUAUAACAAGGAGGAUUUUGCCAAAGCAGGGCUGCAGUUGGAGUUUAUCAACCCCAUCUUUGAGUUCUCCAAGGGCAUGAAUGACCUGCAUUUGGACGAGGCGGAGUACGCUCUGCUCAUCGCCAUCAACAUCUUCUCUGCAGGUCAGAGGUCAAGUGGUAUGCUAGUGUGGAACAGAGCUCAUAUGCAAGACCGGCCCAAUGUCCAGGACCAUGAACUGGUGGAGCGACUGCAGCAGCCGUAUGUGAACGCACUUCGUUCUUACAUCAUGAUAAAGAGACCAAACGAUCAUCUGAUGUUUCCACGCAUGCUCAUGAAGCUGGUCAGCCUCCGCACCCUCAGCAGCGUCCACUCUGAGCAGGUCUUCGCCCUGCGCCUCCAGGACAAGAAGCUCCCGCCGCUGCUGUCUGAAAUAUGGGACGUCCACGAGUGACUCCAGCCGACACCCUCGCGGAACUCUGCCGCGCUCCGCAAACCUGCGUACUGGGACGGACAGAAACAUUGGGUUUGUCUUUCGAGUGUCUCGAAAAAAAGACUUGAGAAUGAAGCGAUGCCUCCCAGGAUACCCAAACACGACGUAUCAAACCUACAGAUCGGUUGCCAGAUUGGAGGACAGACUGGGACACUAAUCUCAUGGGGAGGUUGGGGCAAAGAAAUAGAAUUACCAAUUUAUAUUAAUUCUAUUUCUAUGGGUUGAGGAUUGUGCACACCUGAUUUCUCUCCCUCGCCCAUUUCGUUAUUGAAGGUGAGACGGGCUUGUGGUGAGAUUGUGCUGCCAUGGUCAGUGUAGCUCAGACUUGCUAGCCAGUGUUCACCAUUACAUCUACUGAUAUCUGUUGAUAGGCCGAUCACGAGACUAUCUAUAACGACAAUUGCCAUGAAGGUUUUGGCAAUGCCCCCCUCUCCAGAUCCACAUCAUGGAUGAUAACCCCAAAGUGAAAAUAAACAGAAAAAUACAUGUUAGCCCUGUGCUGCAAUGGGAUAGGAUACAGAGGUAUCCUAACUGCUGCCCAAUGUUAAGCAAUGUGUCUUAUUGGUGUCCACUGUCCAGAUGACUGGUAGGUCACCUGCUUGAUUAUUGUUGUGAUUUAGCAGUUUAAUAGUCAGCCAUCUGAUUUGUUCUCCUGUCGGUGAAGGAACAAGAAAACAAUUCUGAUUGGUGUUGAAUUGUUUAAGGUAAAGUGAUUGGAAGUGUUGGUAUAGAGAUGUGUAGCCUACCACUUUCAAGUGCAGGACCCCCACCAACCAUUUUGUAAAUGCACUCAAACAUUGAUUUACAUGUACAAAGUAUAUAUUAAUAUGACAAAAUAUAUAUAUAUAUAUAUUUAGUAUGCCCACAAGUGAAGACAUCCAUACAAAAUGACUUGUACAAUCACUCACUUACGCACAAGCAAGCAGUGAUUUAAAAAAAAUAAUGUAAAAGCAUCACUGGAUAUGUGAGGGCCAAGCUGAGGCCUUAUACACUGGAACAACUUCAAUGCUACGUUAGGGAGUAGUAAGCUUAGGCCAGGGAUAGGCUUCUUUGAUGCAGCUGGGGGCACAAAAAAAACGGAACUCCACAUGCAGUGGGUCUGCGUACGCACAAUCUCCCCCGCCUACCCUGCGAGAAACAUUUUAGCGCCCCCCCCCCCCCGACAGAAGCGAACAAAUGUUUAGUUUUACAGCUCAUUUCCUGGAAUUCUACACAAUUUUGCCAUAGGCUGGAGGAAAAUGUUUGCGGUUUUUAAUAACUGAUGGGCCCCACACUGGUCGGUAAUUCGACCAUGCUUACUACAAGUUUAUAUAGCUGGCCGCUAGACUAACUUAACAAUUUAGCUGACAUGAGCUAAUUGACUGAUGCACAACCAAAUUUCACAUAGAAUAUACAAACUCUCAACAGUAAGUUGAGGCCCUGACUGAAAUUAGUCAGAGGGGUCCGCCAGUUGCACAUCCUUGGUUUAGUUGUAUGUACUCUCCUCCCUUCCCCCAAAUCAGCAUGGUUCCAGACAUCUGAGUGGCAAUUUCAUCCAGAUGUUGAAAAUGUGCUUUGCAUCCCACAAUAGUUGGAAUAGCAAAAUAAGUUAAAUUGCGCUCCUUGUGUGGGCACUGCAGUACUUUCUGCAACUGUAACAAUUUUGGGUUACACUAUAACGUUCAUGAAUAAACCACUGUAAAUGUUUAGAAAUGCUUACAAAUAAAAAUGAAUUACUCAAUAGUUUUACCCUAUUCAUAAAUGGUGGUUCGUGAAUGUUUAUAAUAGUCUUACCCAUUUCUAAUAAGGUCAUAGGAUUUUACUCGACUAAGCUGUUACUCAUCAGUUCCCCCCCCAUGAUGCUGUUUCUAUCACAGUCCUUUGUAUGAUGAUGACUUUGCUAAUGUGACAUUUAUGAAAACAAACGUUCAGAAGGAAUUAGAGAAGGAAAGCUUUUCUUUUUGUUGAUGCGAUUUCUGAUUGACAGACUUAUUUGUAUUUAUUUUUCAUUACUGACCCCACUUUACAACUCAGAUCAGUGUGAAAUAGAGGAGAGUUGAGGACUCCAAGACAAAAUGGGGGAGAUUUAUCAUAAGUUGCACAAUAUGUCAAAGUAGCACAGCGAUAAGGGAGUAAGCUAUAUGGAGCUUUCAGUUAGGAGAAGAAAUCAAUGCAAUUAUUUAACAAAUAUGUGUAAUAUUAGGGUUGGUGGUUUUCUAUUUGUAGUUUGUCAACCAUCAGGUUUUUAUGGCGAUUUGUUUUAUUUAGUUGGGUUGAUAUUGAGAUCGUCUUUGAUGGAGCUGACUCAUAGCCUGAAGAUGGUUCUUCUACACACUAUUCAAAGGGUUUGCUCUUCCCUGGGCAUGCGUGUGUGGAGCCAUCUAUUUUGAAUUGCUCUUGAGACUUAAAUUGCAAAACCAUAUCCCAGUUUUCAUAUUUUUCCUUUCAAUAUGUAACUCAUACCAGCAAAUGAUUGUCUACAUUGAAAUGACAUCAAAUCACAUACAAGGUAUGUGAUUUAAUGGUAUGGGGUCUUUUAGUCUAAAUGUUUUCAGUUGUUUAGAAUACAAUGUUAAUUAUUGUUAAUACUGUAGAUAACUCAAAGUUGACUAAUAGCAUUUACAAUGUUCUGAUGUGCAGAACUCAUUUAAUCCCUUCUCUACAUCUUAAAGGGUGACGCUGUAAACCAUAUUGACAUAGAAAUGCAAACUUAUUAUUUUUUUAACACUUUAAGACCAUCUAUAUUCUGCUUUAUAUGUAUAAAUUAAAACCUGACAGAUAUUGUAGCCUAUUGGCAGAUUAUAUAUUUGUGUACGAACUGAAACCAAAAACCACUAAUUUUCCCGAAUUUUCAUUUUUUUUGUUGAUUUAUUACAAUUUCAAAGUGAUUUGAGUUAUGCUUAUUCAAAACAAAUGCUUUAUUGUAAUUAGUUCUCUUAAAUAUCACGGCCAGUAAAAUAAAUGUAUUGUAUUUAUUUACCCACA